UUGCCAGCUCUACUUGGGAACUGGAAACUGCGGAGUAAUUAAGGCUCAUAUCCCUUUUAGUCCACCCAUCAGAAACACACACCGGAACGCCAUGGAAAGCCGACGAAAGAGGCGAGAAAAGGAAGCAUACGCACCGCAUCCAGUUCCAGCCUCCACCCGAGCAGGAGCAGCCUAACUCCGCCUCCCCUUCCCCACCUCGCCUCAUGCGUGGUCAAAUACGCGGCACCCUCGCACUCGAAUGCUCCCUCUGCUCUCGCAUCCACACUGAUCCAUCCGUGGCCCAUUUCCUCUUCUGCGCAUCUCUCUCCUCGCGAGCUAGCUAGGUAGUAAUAGGCGCGAACUUGGCUGGGGGGAGGAGGAGGUACGAGGGAGGAGAUGAAGGCGGUGGAGCGCGCGAAGCUGGUGCGGAGCCUGCGGCAGGAGUCGCAGCGGCUGCGCCUCCUCCUCUUUGUCAUCGGUUUCUUCCUCGUCACCCUCACCUUCGUCGUCAUCUCCAAGCCCGACGCGCUCCUCUUCAACCUGAACGGCAGGCUGUCGGUGGAUCAGGCGCCGCGCUCGCUCCUGAUCCGCGAGUGGGUCGACGCCGACGACGCUGCCUCCCGGAGAUCUGCCGACACUCUCGCCACUGCAGCCAACGAUCCCAAGAUGGUCGAUGACGACGAUGCCGGCGAGAAAGCUAAUACCAACGCCAUAGGGACCAGCGAAGAGGAGAAGCGGGUGCUCACUAGUGAGCCCGAGCAGGGCAAAUGGGAGGAGGAGGCCACCGCAUCUGAGCUGUUAGCAGGUGGGGGAGGCGAAGAGGGGUGGAAAGGCGAGGAGGGGCACCAAGAUCACCAGCACAAGGUGACCCUCCCAACUAUUUCCAAUUAUACCAUCCACGAUGCCACUGAGGACAAUGACAAUGGCAAGCAAGAAGCAGAUGAGAAAACGGACACAGAAAUUAAGUAUGCGACCGACAUUGACCAGACCAAUGGCGGGGGCAUAUCUCAGCAACCAGCCAAGGAUAAUGUGGAGUGGGACAAACCGCUGUGUGAUUUUUCAAACUUCAGAGCUAAUGUCUGCGAGAUGCGAGGCAACAUUAGGAUACAUGCAAAUGCCAGUUCAGUAAUGUACAUGGAACCUGCCGGUUCGAAGAGAGAUGAGCAAUGGAAAACUAAGCCUUAUCCUCGCAAAGGUGAUGAUUUAUGCCUCAGCCAUAUCACAGAGCUGACGGUGAAGUCCAGCAAAGUGGCACCUGAAUGUACCAAGUACCAUGAUGUACCUGCUGUGGUCUUUGCACUGACCGGAUACACAGGAAAUUUAUUCCAUGACUUCACCGAUGUGCUUGUGCCUCUUUUCACGACUGCAAUUGAGUUCAAUGGUGAGGUUCAAUUCCUAAUCACAGACAUGGCUAUUUGGUGGACAAGGAAGUACGCUGUGGUGUUUGAGAAGCUAACUAAGUACCCCUUGAUUGAUUUCAACAUGGAUGACCAAGUACAUUGCUUCAAGCAUGCCAUUGUUGGCCUUCAUGCUUACAUGGAAUUCACAAUUGACCCGUUAAAGGCUCCACAUAAUUACUCAAUGGUGGACUUCAACAGGUUCAUGCGGAUGACUUAUUCAUUGCCUAGGGAUGCUGUGACUGCACUUGGUGAGAUCCCCAAGACCAAGCCGAGACUGCUUAUUAUCUCCAGGCAGAGGACAAGGAUGUUCCUCAAUCUCAAUGAGAUCAUGACAAUGGCUGAGGAGAUGGGUUACGAGGUGGUGGUUGAAGAGGCCAAUGUGAACUCUAAUGUCGCCCAUUUUGCCAAGGUAGUUAAUUCUGUUGAUGUGAUGAUGGGUGUCCAUGGUGCUGGGCUCACAAACUGUGUGUUCCUUCCACACAAUGCCAUAUUAAUUCAGAUUGUACCAUGGGGUGCCAUAGAUGGGAUAUGCCGAGUUGAUUUUGGCAACCCAGCAGAACAAAUGGGCCUGCGGUACAAGCAUUACAGUAUCGGUGUGCACGAGAGCAGCCUCACGGAGCAAUAUCCCCUGGAUCACGAGAUCUUCAAAAACCCGCUUUCAUUCCACAAGAAUGGAUUCGAGUUUGUCAGGCAGACCUUCAUGGAUAAGCAGAAUGUAAGGCUUGAUUGCAACAGGUUCAGGCUUGUACUCCUGGAGGCCCUUGAUCAGUUGAACCAAUAAAGACCACUGAUUUUAUUCUGCAGGGACACUGUACUAGAUGUUUUCGAUACAAAUUUUGGAUUCAUCAUUCUUCCCUGUAAAAUUCUUGAUCAUCCUCCGAUUACAUGAGCAAGAGAAAAAUUAAUUAUAUGGAUUGAAAUUCAGAUAUCCAUGAAUUGUUAGGUCCUUUGAUUGGACAUAGAAAAAAGAUGUCUUCUUUUUUGUUUGUUGUACUUGUAACAGCCGGUCAUAGGAAUAUCAGUGUUUGAAUUCUAGUGAUAA